AUGAAACAUAUCUAUCUAUCUAUCUAUCUAUCUAUCUAUCUAUCUAUCUCUAAUCUAUCUAUCUAUCUAUGUUUCAGUCUUUUCAUAUCUAUCUAUCUAUCUAUCUAUCUAUCUAUCUAUCUAUAUAUCUAUCUAUCUAUCUCAUUCUGUUCAUUAUCUAUCAACCUAUCUCCUAGUUAUUUCAGUCUUUUCAUAUCUACACUUGUUCAUUCAUCUAUUUAUCUAUCUCCGUCUGUUCCUAUCUAUCUAUCUAUCUAUCUAUCUAUCUAUCUAUCUACCAGUUAUUUCAGCCUGUUCAUAUCUACCCUUGCUCAUAUCUAUCUAUCUAUCUAUCUAUCUAUCUAUCUAUCUAUCUAUCUAUCUAUCUAUCUAUCUGUGACAUUAAGAUCUCAGGGAACAUAUCUAUGUAUAUAUCUAUGUAUAUAUCUAUCUAUAUAUGUCUGUUUCUAUCUAUCUAUCUAUCUAUCUAUCUAUCUAUCUGAUUCUUUUCAUUAUCUAUCUAUCUAUCAAAAUAAUUUCAUAAUUUUUUUCUCUGUUUUUUUCUUUUACUCUUUCGUCUUUCGCGCAUUCUUCCAUUUUUCUUUUCUUCUCUCUCUAUUUGUCUUUCUUUCCUUUUAA